CACACUCACCACGCCCCCUCAUCCAGGAACACCCUGCCAGUGGGUGUGUGUACUCACACAGUGCCGAGGCGCACCAGCGAGCAGCCCACACACUUGUCACGGAUCCCCGGCAUUAGCUGGCUCCUCUCCCCGGCCCCCGGAGCUCCCUCGCCGGCUUCCCCGUCACCCUCCUCCGGCAGGGGUCCCCAAACUAUGGCCUGCGGGACAGACACGGCCCUCCAGCGUCCAAAGUCCGGCCCGCUGGUAGUCCCAAGAUCCUCUGCGGAAGCCUGGACAACAAUGUGAAUUUGGAACCAUGGUGGUGGAAAUGAAGGAAGCGGGCCGCCAACUCCACGCUCUGCUUAACUGAUUCUGCCACCGUUGCCGAGUGGAACCCGAAUGAGUGAUGGAAGUCCCGGAUGACAUGAACCUCUCCUUCCUGCUGGAGCACGAGCGCGACACCAUCCUGAAGGUGCUGCAGAAAGACGAGAAGCUGAGGAAGCGAGAGGAGAAGAGAAUACGGAAGCUGAAGAACGAGCUGCUGGAGAUCAAACGCAAAGGUUCUCGUAGCGCGCCUCGAGAGUCCGGGGAGCGUCAGUGCGGCCGCUGCCUCAAGACGCUGGGCCUGAUCUUUGACCGCGGCGAGCUCUGCGACGACUGCGGGCUGCGGGUGUGCAGCGAGUGCCGUGUGUCCGCCACCAAGCGGCGCGAGUGGAGGUGCAACGUGUGUGCUAAGAUCUCAGAGCUGAAGGUGGUGACAGGAGAAUGGUUCCUGGAGGAGCGAUCCAAGCGCUUCGAGCACAAACUGUUGAGCAGUGACGUGGUUAAGCAAACAAUCCUGAGCAGCCCGACUGCUACAGUGGAUAAAAAGUCUGCUGACAACUUGUGUCUCCGUCCUGAGUCGGGGAGGUCCGAUACACCUAAGUCCAGCAGGCGCUCCAAACAUCUUGUAGAUGGACUGAGAAAAAGAGGGAGGAUGAAGAUGGACAAAGUCGGCAGCAGGCCUCUGAGGUCGGAGAACGGCUUCGACGGCCUCAACGUAAAGUCCGCCUCAGACGGUGACGCUCACAGCGUGCGAAGCGUUCACUCCGCUCCGAGUCAACACGCAAAUAGCGGAAGCAUGGCGGCUUUCAACUCCUACGGGACACCGACCGCACUAAACAACAACCGGCGUUCCCAAACUCCCGACAGAUCUUCCACUUGCGGUAGCAACCGGCGGGUCAGGCAGCCUGAUGGAGCUGAGAGCGUUUACAGCUUCCACUCCAGCAGCAGCGCACCUGAGAGUAAAACUGCAGGGAAUGAUGGGAAGAGCUCCGGUGCUCCCAUUAUUUCUGUGUCUAGAGCUUCAGUGUCAUCAGAUCACAGUCGUUCAGAAAUGGACCUGUCAGCCGCAGGUUCUGAAGCCAGCGAUGAUGCCUUCAGUUUCAGAAGCCGCUCUGUCCUCGGCCUCAAUGACACAGAGUUCUGUGACCAGGAUGCGGAGGAAGACAUCGACGCCCUGAUGUCGGCUCACAGCCAGACGGCCGGCCACCGCCUCAACAACGCUGCGUCGAUGCCUUCCACUCCUGCCUCAGAGAGGAGGUGGGGCUUCCUCAAUGUCCCCGACUCGGACGCUGAGACAAGCAGCAUCAGCAGCAUGAUGAGCAUGUACAGCGAGACGGGUGACUAUGGCAACGCCCGGGUGAGCGGCGAGAUCCUGUUGAACAUCAGCUACAGCUACAAGACGGGCGCUCUAAACGUGAUGGUCAAAGAGUGCCACAACCUCGCUACGGGGGACGAGAGGAGGCAACGCACUGACGCCUACGUGAAGACAUACCUGCUCCCAGACAUGUCACGACAGAGCAAGAGGAAGACGAGCGUCAAGGCCAACAGCAUCAAUCCUGUCUUUAAUGAGAACCUGAGGUAUGUGAUCAGCCACUCUCAGCUGGAAACGCGCACUUUGCAAGUGUCCGUGUGGCAUCACGACCGAUUCGGCCACAACAGCUUCCUUGGAGAAGUGGAGCUGACCUUUGACUCCUGGGAGUUCGAUUCCCAAAUAGACGAGUGGUUCGCUCUGCAGCCCAAGCUGGAGAGCAGCAUGGACGCCAGCAUGCAGUACAAAGGGGAGCUGACUGUGGUGUUGAAGUACAUUCCUGCGGAGAAGAACCUCAUGCUGCCUCUGGACCAAGUACAAGUGAAGAAAGGCUUCCUGAAAGGCAAGAAGAAGAGCAGCUUCACACCACCACAAGGGGGCAUGGUUGAGCUGCUCGUCAAAGGGGCCAAGAAUCUAACUGCUGUCAAGUCUGGAGGCACUUCGGAUCCUUUUGUCAAAGGAUACCUUCUUCCCGACAACAACAAGUCCACCAAGCACAAGACGGCGGUGGAGCGGCGCACGGUCAACCCUGAGUGGAAGCACACCUUCACCUACUGUGGUCUGCAGCCGGGAGAUCUCAACAACGUUUGUCUGGAGCUCACAGUGUGGGACAAGGAGGCCUUGGCCAGUAAUGUCUUCAUGGGAGGAGUCAGGCUGGGAGCUGGGACAGGCACGAGUUACGGUAACGAGGUGGACUGGAUGGACUCAUACGGAGAGGAGCAGCGUCUGUGGCAGCGCAUGAUUGAAAACCCGGAAGUCCCUCAGGAGUGUACGCUGAUGCUGAGGUCCACCAUGAGGAAGACCUCCUCAUGAUCCGGAAGAUCAUCUUCUCACUUUUCCAGAAAACAACCAGUCAUGCCUUUUAAACCUCUGAUUACUGCCAACAACCCCCUUCCAAUAAGCACAUUAUGUUGAAUCAUUUUAGCAUGUAGCUAACUACAGCCAACACACUUUUUUAUCCUAUAAAACAAGACGUAAGACAAAGCACUGAUAAAUGGCGGCAGAGACCCCUUUCGUCCCCACGUGAGCUCUUUUUGCUGUGAAGCACAUUCUUGCGAGUACAAUGAGUGUUUAUUUUAUCUUAGCAUUAGCUUGCUAGCGAGCUAACAGCAGUCCCCAAUGUUAAAUUCCCAUUCCCAAAAGCAAUUAACAAACUAAAAUAAAAUGAUAGUAUAAAAGGCUUGUUUUGUACCAAAGUUGUAAAAUGAAUCCGCUCAUCGGUGUUGCCGUCAUCAGCAUGUUAGCAUGCUAACGUUAGCAUUUAGCUCCAAGCACCACCGUGCCUACACGCACAACCUCAACCGCUAGCUAGCAUGAUUUAUGAACCGUUAAAUAAUUCUUUACUAGUGCGUUCGCUUUCCACGCCUGCUGCUUGCAUAGGAAAUUUAGGGAAAAAAGUCAUUUGAAUCCAGCUUCAAUGUGAAUUAGGUAAGACUGCAUCAGUGUGCUGAGUCAGCAGCACGGCGGUAAAGGUAACAAGAACAAGUUGCGCACUGAUAAUGACGUCAUUAUUUCACUACAUCUGCAAAAACCUGCCUCCAGUUAAGACACAAUUGCCAAUAUCGUGUGUGUGUGUGUAAAACACAAAUAAUAAUAAUAAUUAAACAUGGUUUUAGAUGACAAGUUUGUGCAAUACCUGACUAUACUAACUUUUGAUGUACAGCAUGUGUUUACCUGUGUCCGCUCGACUCAUGUCCAACCUAUUUUAUCUCCUGGCAGAAGUAUUUUGAAAUAAAACAGAAAACAUU